UUGAAAAUUAUUCUAAGGGCCAAAAAAAGAAAAAGUAUUGGGUUUACGUGUACUAUGUUUUGAAAUGGUUAUCUGAACUCCGAAAAUUUUGAUUUCACUACUUAACCUUACAGCAUAUUAGAUUUCAGUAUAUUUCUAUCGUAAUUUAAAAAUAACUACAGCAUUUUAGGUUUUUCGAUGGAAUAUUUUGCAAUCUAAAGUCGAAAGGAAUUUUCUAUCAGAAUUUAAAUAUAACUUAGCUUCUUUUGGAAUUUGUGAAAAUUCUGUGAGGAACUUUCUAAAAUCAAAAGGAAUAUCAGAUUAGAUAGUGAAAACAAGCACAGUAUCCAUUUCAAAAUGCACUAAAGUUCAGGUAAGCUCUAACAUUUUUACCAUAACUGAGCAAGAACAAGAAUUGCUCAAUCUUGCUGAAAAACAAAUGAAGAGUAUGAGAAGUACUCCAUAUAACACGGACGCAGAGAAACAGGUAAGAAAACUUGAAUGACGUGUUUCAAACUCAGUUCAACAGAAAAGAAUUGUAUUAUCUAAUUUACCUAGCUAGCUAUAGCUAAUAAAAAGCAGCACAUCUUGGAUACACUGUUCUAACAGUGAAAAGUUGGAAGAGGUUACCGUGUAUCACCUUGAUGACUGCUGUAAACAACAUUAGAUUUCAAAGAAAGAUGCAAGUGCUCAUCGAGUAGACACACUAACUAUUUGCUUUAACUAUGCAUAAGCACAAGCUCAUUAUGUAACUCCAACUUCCCAACAGAAGCACACAUUGUACCACGUACAAAAAUAGUCUUUGAAAGGGAAAUAUUCAUUGCACAGACAUAACUGACACUAAUUGCCCGUCAUUCAAUUAAUAUUUAAGUCCCAACUCUCAUGCAGCUACAGAGGAAAGCAGAACGACUUGUCGGUCAGAUUUCCCAAUGCUGUCACUGUAUUUAGUUCUCAAAAAAAAAAAAAAAAAAAAAAACAACUUCAAUUAUGUAAGUUUCUUAGUCUAUGAUGGUUGUACAACACCAAUUUCCUUUUGCUUGACACUUAAUUUAGUCCAGUCACAUUCUCAAUUACCCAUAGUAAAGCUAGGCUUAAAAUGACAGCAAAAAAAAAAGUUAGAAAGCUAAAUGAUUGACAUAGCACAUGAUAGGUACAUAGAUCACUAGUGUAGAUUUCUCUUUGUUAAUCCUCUCAUUAUCAAUUGUUUCCCAGAGAUAUGUCCUUACAUCCUACCAUAUCUCAUGGUGCACAUGAGGCCUUUAUAUUACCCUUCCAACCUACUGUAUCUUGUGGUGCACAUGCGACCUUUUAUUUUAAGCUUAGCUCAUCAUCUAUAUAUCUCAUGAACCAACCCACACUAACCAACAUAAGGUUUGCUCCAAAGGGAAAAGGAGGGAAAAAAAAUAUGGUCUCAGAGAAGAGGCAACCCAAGCAUGUAUGUGUUAUUGGAGCAGGGCCUGCAGGCUUGGUCUCAGCGAGGGAGCUAAGGAAAGAAGGGCACUCGGUUGUAGUAUUGGAGCAGAAACAUGAUAUUGGUGGGCAAUGGCUAUAUGAUCCAAUAGUAGAGAUUGAAGAUGCCUUAGGUAGAAUCACUCCUUUAAAGGUUCAUAGCAGUAUGUAUGCCUCGCUUCGACUUAUGUCACCUAGAGAGGUGAUGGGCUUUACUGACUUCCCUUUCUUCACAAAGAAAGGAAGGGAUAUGCGAAGAUUUCCUGGCCACAGAGAAGUGUAUUUGUACCUUAGGGACUUUUGUCAAUGGUUUGAAUUAAGGGAGCUAAUAAAGUUCAAUACAAGAGUCGAGUAUGUGGGCAUGGUGUAUAAUAUAGAAUUUGGAAGCGAUAUGAAGUGGGUUGUUAGAUCUAAAGAGGAGAAAUGUGAAACGGUCAAUGAGGAGAUCUUUGAUGCAGUUGUUGUGGCUAGCGGACAUUAUUCUCAGCCUACGAUGCCAACCAUCAAAGGAAUCGAUACCUGGAAAAGGAAUCAGAUACAUAGUCAUGUGUAUAGAGUUCCUGAACCCUUUCGCAACGAGGUUGUCGUGAUUGUUGGAGGCUCAUUUAGUGGUCAGGACAUAUCACUUGAGCUAGUUGAUGUAGCGAAAGAAGUCCAUCUUAGUGUUAAAUCCCUCGAACUAUCAGAGGGCUUGACCAAAGUCAUUACCAAGUAUCAGAACCUUCACCUACAUCCACAGAUAGACAAUUUGUUUGAAGAUGGACGAGUUUUAUUUAUCGAUGGUUCAUGUGUGGUUGCUGACUCAAUAAUUUAUUGUACAGGGUAUUCCUAUUCAUUUCCAUUUCUUGACACCAAAGGCAUAGUUGUGGUGGAUGAUGGUAGAGUGGGACCUCUCUAUGAGCACACUUUCCCCCCAUCGCUUGCUCCAUCUCUCUCAUUUGUGGGCAUUCCAAAAAAGAUUCUGGGGUUCCCUUUCUUUGAAUCACAAGCAAAAUGGAUUUCUCAAGUUCUUUCUGGUAGAAGGACACUUCUAUCACGGGAUGAUAUGAUGAAGUCCCUUGAGGAGUUCUAUCACUCAAGAGAAAUUGCAGGGAUACCAAAGCACUGUACACAUGACAUUGCAGAUUUUGAUUACUGUGAUAAAUAUGGUGAUCACUGCGACUUCCCACACUUGGAAGAUUGGAGGAAAGUGCUCUGCAUUACAGCUCUUCGUAAUUCCAUCAUGAAUUUGGAGACUUAUCGUGAUCAGUGGGAUGAUCACAUUGAUGAAUUGCUUCAGGAGACCCUCGAGAGCCCACACUUCACACAGCUAGACCCCGAAGCCAUUCCUUCAUAAACACCCAUCAUGCUAAUGGGUUGUUCUCAUUAAGUUAUUUCAUCCUUAUUAUGUUUAUUUAAGCAAGUGUGUAUUAAGGAUCAAGUUAAACUACCAAAAAGUAAGAUCAUAUAAGAAGAACAAAACUGUCAUGAAGAAACAGUUUCAUAAAUAUUCAGAAUCAUGUCUUGUAUAUUGGUAGAGCGGAUGCCAAGAUUAGAAUGUUGAACAUUCAAAUUCCUUUUAUCUUACCAGUUAAGCGAUGCAUAUUUUUGUGCUUUA